GGCGAACUCCGAUUGGUCAGGGAGUACAUUACAAUCUCCUCUUGUUUCCAAGCCCAGCGCAGGCAGAGCGCUUUCCCCCUUAAAACACACCAAAUAGCCACACGCAGCGGUGGCCAAGGGGCUGGAGCCAGAGAGGACUGUUAACUUUACCAACCAGAUCAGAAACUCGAUCAGAGGAGCACUGAUUCUCUCCGAAUAUAUCCUUCACUCAGAGUUUAUACAUGAGGUAACUGUUGAACCGACUCUUUUCGCCUCGCUGUGCAACAUUAAUUCUGUAAUUGGAAAGAGGAAAUAUGAGGUCUACUUCGAGGUCGCUUUUGAGAAUGAUCCAGCUGUCUGUUGUAGCGGCGCUUCUGUUUCCGUGCAGUGCUUCAGAGUAUGAAUACUGGAAGUCGGACACGUAUGACGGCGGACGCAGCUAUGGUAAGCCUCACCAGUGCGUGGACAUACCGGACGAGUUGCGGCUCUGUCACAAUGUUGGCUACAACCAGAUGUUGCUGCCCAGCCUACUGGAACACGAAACCAUGGCCGAGGUGAAGCAGCAGGCGAACAGUUGGGUGCCACUGGUGCACAAGAACUGCCAUCCGGGAACGCAGGUCUUCCUGUGCUCGCUCUUCGCACCCGUGUGCCUGGAGCAGCCGAUCUACCCCUGCCGCUGGUUGUGCGAGGCCGUGAGGGACAGCUGCACCCCCAUCAUGGCGGCUUUCGGUUUCCCCUGGCCGGAGAUGCUUACCUGUGACAAGUUUCCCCAAGACGAUGUGUGCAUUGCCAUGACGCAGCCCAACGCCACCGUUUCCCCCCAGACUGGAGGUAAUUCAGCUUUUACAGGAUUGUUUGUGAACUGAAAUAUAGUUACUUUAAAGACGUUUUCAGGUGGUAGCCUGGGAUUUGGAAAAUACUUAUUAUUGAAAUGAUUGCACAGGGAAACAACACUUUUCAUGUUGUCAUUAUUUUGCCAAUACAUUAUCAAUUAUGGUAAAGACUAGACUAUAAAUAAUUCUUAUUAUAGUUUACAAUAGUUUGUAAUAGCUUGUUCAGUUUUGGUGUUUGUCUUCUAAAUAUAACACACGCCUCUUUGUCCCAUAUAUUUAAAAAAUGAUAUUUGAAAUAUAAGCACAACUUGAAGUUUUCUGAAUGUACUAUCAAUUCUAAUCAAUCAGUUUUUUCCAAGAGAUAAAGAGUGCAUAAAAAUCUUGAGUCACACUCAAAGUGUCACAACCACAAAUUCUGAGAUUAAGUGAUCCCCAGCAAAAGUCCCUUCCAACACACACGAACAUACAAGAUAUAACGCUCUGAUGAAGGCCCAGUGCAGAAACACGUAUGCGUUUGUUUUUUGUGAUGUUAGCCAAAUAAAACUUGUAAAAUGUUAUUUCUUCUCCUCCAUGAAGUGGAACAUAAGAUGUUCUGCCUCCUUUUGAAACCUUCAUACAAUAUAUAAAAUUAUUAUUCAAAAUCAUGAGGAAAUGAGCAUUUAUCCCUGCUUUAGGGUGGUAAGAGUGUGCAGGGGUAGAACACAAAGCCGGGCCCACCCCCUUCUCUUAAGUGUCAAUCAUUCCAGUAUGUCAUACCAUGCUGUCCAUCUCAGACUAUACAACUGAUUCCCAGAAAUGAGGAGUCUGGAGACAUUUCUAGCUUUUUUCUUAAUCAUUAAAUAUGUCAUUGAUUACCUGUCAGGAACACAGUUACGUCCUAUCAGAUUCUCUUAAAUGCAACACAGAAAAAACAAUUUUACCUAAACAUGGCACAGUUUUUGUUUUGGCUACUUGUUGUGCUGAGACACUGCCCAGCGACAAAGCAGGGACAUGUUGGGCAUUGGUGAGAGUUGUACUGGAAACCUGUCAACCAACUGGUUAGUUCCUAAAAUAUGAUAGUGCCUGAUGCUUUAACCUGAAAUUAUCAUUUAUUCUUUUGUCAGCUCUCGUUGGGAAGUGCUUUUGUACUGAAUGUAAUAAAAGUGUGGCUGUGCCAAAGGAGGAUAGUUUGAAAUGGUGUUUUAGACCAUGCACCACUGCAGGGCUGAUUUCAUCCUCAUUACAAGCCCGCACAGCAGGCUGUUUCCCUAACAUAAGUCUUUAGACGUAAAAGUUGCGAUAAAGAAGUUUGUGGAGUGAGUGUAUCCCAGUGUCCUACCUGAAAACACAGGUUUACUGAGUGUCCCAGUGUGUGUUUGAUAUGUUAAAAGUACAUUGGUAGAUCUGUAAAACUCGAUUCUGAUUCGAAAAGGCUGGGUACCACUGAUGUAGCUAAACAGACUAUAAACAGCACUUCCACAGGUGACAAGCCCAACACAUGCACAGGGUUCGAUGGGAAACACUCCUCCAUAUAAUUGUAUGAAAAGUGCAGAUUGAUCGAUUGAUACAGCAGCACUUUGAAAUCAGGAAAGAGAAUAAAAAUAAUGUCAAAAGGUUGUUUGGGAUUCUCCUUUCCAAUAUCUUAAUACUUCUCUGUUGCUAUCUGUUGUGGGUUCUGUAGAGAAAACAAACAGCCGCCACUUUUGUUGCUGUGUGAAAAUGGACACCCAUGAAGUUAGAUGAGCUCGAGAAUGUUGUUUCAGGGGUGACUUGUGCUUGCAAAUCUAAACACAAACAGAUAGGCUACAGCCUUUUGUGGGAGGCGUGUUUUCAGUCUGAAGCUGUUUCCACAGUUUAUUUUAUUUAUCUAUAUCAUGGUCAACAUCACAUUGGUAUCUUGAACAUUUGGACAAGGGGCACAGGUGCAAAAACAAAAGCACUAAAGGACAAAACUACAGAAAAUGUUAAUGAUGCUUUAAGAGAAAGUCCACAAUAAAACAGAGUAGCUAACCAAAAGGAAAUUUAUAGAAUCAGGGCCUUUCUUGUAGAUUUUAUUCCUCAAUGGUAAGAAGUUAUUCGCAUUUGUUUUUUCACGACUUUGAGGGCUUUUGUUUGAGAUAGAAUCAGACUGAAGAAUAUACAGAAUCUGGGUGUGAUUUCUGAAUGUUUGGGUUUGUGUAUGUAGUUUUUUUUCCCCUUAGAUUAGAAUAAUGCUCACCAAAAGUGUAAAUUCUCUGUUGUCCAUAACAAAACUAUAAGUAAGGUCCAUUUGUGGGAAUUUAAUUUAGUUGUAAGACAUUUGGGUAAAGCCACUUGUGUACAUCUGGACAGAGAGCUUUAGAAUACAAACACGGGAAAAAAAACGCUCUAUACAAAAUACAUAACUGUUGGUCUCGAAACCAUAUUGCAGACAAAUUAUCAGAUAGAUACACACCAUUUAGGAUGUUAAGAUGAAUUUCUUUGGCUUUAUAGGCUGUGAGGAAUUUCAAGUAUUUAGUUGGUACUGUAUGAAUUAUACAUUUCGGAUAGAUGCGUGAGUUAGUUUCUGUGAAAGUUUGUGGGUUAUGAGAUGUGAUUGAAUACAUUUUUCUGUGUUUCAGCUGUUUCCAGAAACAUCCAGAAAAUUUCUAUAAAAUGUCAGAAGCUCUGACUCCGCCUUAACCCAUAGACCCUCAAAGUGAGAGGUCUCAGGAGACCCAGGAGUCAAAUAGAAGUCUAAUGUUUUACUAUCUAAUCUAAGAGUAAAACUACAGACCCUUUAGUCUAAAACUCCUUGACUUUCUGUCUUAUUCACUUCCAACACAAUCCAAAAGAUUUGUGAUCUCAUAUGAGUUUACCAGGACUUUAUUCUGAAAUUAUACGGGGGGGCUGGUUGGAAAUAUUCUGGGUAAGAUCAGGGUAAAAAAACUGGAUUGAUUGUGUCUGCACUCACAGUCCACUGGGAUACUUUCGGGAAAAUUUUAACAACGGUUAGAAAAGUGAGUUCCUGAUUGUUUAAAACACCCUUUUUUUUCACCACACUCUCAGUGACCAAUCCUUAAUUACUGCCUUAUGGCGGACAGACGAAGACAGAAUCUGAAAAACACCUGGUCCAAAUCACGUGUAUAAAGAAUAAAGGAGUACGGCUAGAUACUGAGAGUGAGCAUGUUUCCAAACCCAAGCGCUGAAUGCAGAUAGAGUCAGACAUCUUUAUCCUGAUUUAUAGCUACUUAUGCUUUGAAUCUACUCAGAGACAGCUUCUAUGCUUUUGUAUGUAGACACCUCAAACUACUUAGUAUUGUACUAGUGUGUUUGCAUUACUAAUUAAAUUACUAAAACAAAUACUUUUUUAAAUACUCUAUACAGUCUUAUCUGUGUACUUUAGACAGAGGUUGUAGUUGGAGGUGUUAGGUUUCAACAUGUUGGGGCACUGCUGCAGCACAGUAGGUCACCCUAUGCAGAGACAGCAGAGGCCCAGGUGAGACUCCCAGGCCUUUUGCUAUGUGGUAUACGGCAUUCCCCAUUCUUUCUCCAGAUUUCCUGUUCCUCUUCAGCUGUCAAGUCAUAGGAGGUUAAAAAGCUUAAAAAUAAUCCAGAAAAAGUUUUUUUCUAAAAUUGAAUAUAAAGCAAACAAUUUUGUCUCAGAGGAAAAAGGAUAAAGUGUGGUUUAAACCCCCACACUGAAAAAGCCCUUUUACGUGGAGGGUUAAAAGCUUUUCGACCCCUUGAAAAGCUCUAGCUCAGGGGGUAGUAUUUUCCAAUGGCACAGGGACUUUUGGAGUCAGGACCCGACAGUUUCAUUUACAUUAAAAAACAGGUCGUUAAUUUACAUAUAAAAUACAGGCAGCACAGACAGGCACACAGAGAGCGGGAAGAGAGAUUCUGCAUUAGAUCUAAUGUUAUCUGAUCAGUAAAACAGAUUUUUUAACUCUGUUUACAAACCUUUUUCCAUCUCAGGAAUGCUUUUGGCAUUAUAGCAGUUUUUGAGGUUAGCCUCAUCAGGAAACAAUCUUGUUUACAAUAGAAGCUUGUGUUAUUCACAUACACACACAUACACCAGCUGAGCAGGGAGAAAGUUAAACAAGUUGAGGCACCAAAGCGCAACAGUACAAGAGCGAAUAUUUCAGCUAACUUGAUGUUUCAUAAUCAAAUUCAGUCCACUUGCUGUCAACGUGAUUCGAGACAGCUCUUUUUGAGAAGAGAAGAAAAAUCUGCAGGGACUGGAGGAAAGAAACUUCAUUUCCAAAAACCAUCCCUGCAUGUCAUUGGCCUGAUUUGCAUUAUUUCCCCAGGACCUCUGGCACCCUGGUGGAAAUGCAGACAACAAUGAACCGCAGGAACUAAUUUAGUUCCUUAAAGAUACCUCCCAGGAACUUUAAGAUCCAGGGAAGUAUCUUAAAGGAACUCACUUAACUAGUUAAUUCACGUUAAUGGCGCUACAGAGGUGGAAUUCCAUCACAUUACCAACUUACCCACUUGCAAUUGUUAACCCAAAACUGCCCCACUUGAGGAUUUAUGGCCAGAAAUAGAGCGUCAGUGGAUAUUUGAGCAAUGACACAGCACUCAAUGUACCUGUGGAGUAGACAUGUCUUAUCUCUGUGUGGAACUGUAACUGAGUGGUGUUGAUACAAAUGAAAAUGUGGGCUCCUUAAAGCUAAACUCAGAGAAUUUACCGUCAUGAUGAUUCAUUUUUCAGAAGCCCAAUCUCAGUCCUUGACAUUUAAGACUAGAGGUCUCACUAAAACCUCUCUAAAGAGGUUGUUUAUCUGCCAUUUUAAGGAGAGCUAGGCAGAUUCAGGCAAAGGAACCCUACGACUCUGUCAACAGUGUCUGUUUUCACAAACUCUUUACACUUCAGUGUUACUUUAACAAGCAUUUGCAAAACACACGUAAUGGACAACUGGCAACUGGAAGAAAACUGUUUGCUUUUCCCCCUUUUCGCCCCUGUGCUCCCCUCCAUUCUACACUGUGAAACUGAUGCAUUUGGUUUUAAUUGAAUGCCACAGAGUGUUGUGACUCAUCUGUUUGGCAUGAUGAGAUCUUGGGGUAUUAGUAAAAAUGUAACAAACCUAUUAAAAACCUAUUCUCUACUUUUUGCAAAUGCACAUUUUGGUCCUUUGUUUCCUGAAAGGUUUUUUGUCCUCAGGCUCAUAGUUAUUUCCUCUUCUUGGAAAUGUCGGAGCAUUCAUUGAAUCUGAAAUUAAACACAAAUAUGCCUCGCAUAUUAUUUUAUGUCAAGGGUGAUACAGUGCAUGAACAUGAUUUAGAGAAAAAAAUCUGCCUAAAUGUGGGGCAAGAGGAGGAAUGUUUAAAACAGCUUUUAGGCAAAGCUGGCCAUAAAAGCUGAAGACAUUCCUCACCGGGGCCAGGUCAUCAGGAGUGUACAAAGCAUGAAUGCUCAGGGAUCUCAAUCUAAGCCAGAGAGAGGUUGGAUGAGUGAAUUUCAAGGCAAAAAUAAUUUAAAUCCAUUUUUGGGGAUGGUGUGGUGAUAUUUAGAAAUUCUUUAAAAUUCAUAUUCAUAUCAAUUUUUUUCUCUCUUAUGAACUUUGAGAAAGAAAAAAGUGAGGAAUACCCUUUAUGUUAAAAAAAAAGUCAUGUGAUUGAUUAACUGCUGAUAUCACUGCAACUUGAAUGUUAUAUCCUGGCCCUGUUUCUAACCCAUUUCCCGUCUUUUAUCCACAGAUUACUCUCCCAUCUGCCCGCCAUGUGACAAUGAAAUGAAAACAGAUGCCAUGCUAGAGCACUUGUGUGCCAGUGAGUUUGGUAAGCAUCCUUUAGACAUUGAUUUACCGACACAACAUGUAAAAUUCUGUUCUCACAGAAAAAAAAUUAUCAAGGAUUUCACAGAGCGCAAUGAAAUUGGAUUGGAACGCUGGGAUUGCAGGAAGCAGGAAAGUAUGAUUGAUGAGGGAAAGUAUGAUUCAUCUGCCGGUAAAUCUAGACUAAAGCAUGUUAGGCCCCCUUUAUGAGUACCCCCUGUGUCUUAGAGGAGGAUGCAUGUGUUUGUGUGUGUGUGUGUGUUUCAGACCAGGCAAGUUUUACGGUAAAUCAAUAAUGCCCUGAGUUUUUAUGUGAAAGUUGCACACACAGUUUUGCUGUUGGUCAGAUGUUUAUUAUUGAUAACUGUAUUUCCAGUGAUUUAGACGUUGAUUGUUCCGUUUGAACGGGUCACUUGGUGAAUAGUUUUCUGGUAACUUAGAUUGUUGUUUGAUUUAGGAUCAGUUAUUUUGUUCUAUUGUUUGUGAGUUUGCGGUCAGUAUGAAUUGGCAGUGUUACCUCCGGCAUUUUAUUCGUUCUGCUACUUCCCCCUCUCUUAAUUACAUUUUCUCCUAAUUUUUUUGGCCUAAUCUACUGAGAGUAUGUCGUGCCUUUGCUUUGGCAUAAACCCUAAACCUUAAACCUUGACCCCCCAACAAAAGUAAAACAAGCUAAAAGUCAAGCUGACCGUGCUCUCUGUUUUUGAGCCCAGUCUGGAUUGAUACACUUUAGUGUAGCAAACCCUGAUGUUGCAAUCCACAGCAGACUGCUACCGACCCUGAUGUUAAUGUUUUUCCAAGCCAUGCAGAUUUCAGCCAAAAAUUCAAAGAAAAAUGGGACCUCACACCUUCGGGUCUGUGGGGAUAUGUUGCACAUUGAGGUGGAGCAAUUGUUAGGAUGCUGUGGAGACUGUUUUUGUAUGUGUAGACAUAAUGCAGAAGCCUGUUAAAACACAUCUUUUCAAGGACAAUCGUGAUGCAAGGGCUUGUGAAAAUUUGUGGGUAUGGCAAAUUUAGCCUUAUAGCUACUGACUCAAGUGGGAACUUGUGUGUCACAUUUGGUGACUGUAUUAACUACGUAACCCCCUGUAAAAAGCAACUUCCUGUUUUAUGGCCAAUGACACAUCACCACGGUAACACAUUUGGUGUAGAGUUAAAGGGAUAUUCUGGCGUGAAAUUAAUAUAGGGUCAAACACACAGUAACACCAAGUUAGACACACCAUGGAGAGAUAAAUGUUGCCGACCGCUUGCUUCUCUAGUUAUACCAACUUUAGAAACGACCGCACGAUAGCAAUACACAGCGGUCUGAGGAGCCAUACACAAACCUCAACCAAAACGCCACUCUAUAGCACAAAUAAUGCUCAGAACAGCACCUAACUUCAUCAACAGUACAUAUAGGGUCCCAGCCAUAGCACUAGCCACCAAACAUCUUUUUAACUUUGCCUGAUUACUUGAGCAAAGAGACUAAACACAACUCACCUACUCUCUUCCAGCAGCCGCUUGUUUGUAGCGAGACCUCAGGCCAGUCCAUUACGGACUGCAGCGGGGUGACGCAGCUCAAGGAAGAACAUUUAUGAUAAUUUCCUCAUGGAAAUGCAAUCAGACUGAGACACUAAGGCAGAAGAACCACUGUGUCUGCAGUGCAAAAUAAUUAAUAUGAUUAUUAUUGCUUCAAGAAAAUGAUAAAGAAAUGAUCAAAAAUGUAAACUUAAGGGUCGCAGAAAGAAGAUUCUGGGAUGUACCAGAACCAUAUUGAGGAAUGGUUUGUGAUCAGUAACUUCCUAUUGCUAGCAGGUGGCACUGUAAUUUGGGUAAAUUUUUAACGAUGGAUGUGUUCAGGGUAGUUCCUGUUUUGCAAAUGAAAUAUGUAGGUGAGGGGCAGAGUUAAAGAAACUUUAAAUUUCAUGGUAUGAGUUUAAUCGUAAUCAAAAUUUGCCGCACUGUGCUGACCACGCACAAUGUUUAAACUUUAUAUUUUGCCUGUGUUUAUCAGUGGCUUUGAUACAGCUCAUCCUUCAACACUUGGUUCCUACCCCAGUAUAUGUUUAUACUAAAGCUAUGUUUUGGGGGAAGAGAGACCAGAAAUGUGGGGAGUAGAGGGUGGGGAAGACAUGCGGCAAAAGGUCUACGUUUAGAAUCAAACCACAUACCACUGCGACAAGGACUAUAACCUGUAUAUGUGGGGUGACCACUGAGCUAUCAGUAUCACAUGCUGAAGGUUUUAUUAGUCCCUCUUUGUCUCAAAAUCUCCCACCCUUCGAUAAAAACACACAUCAGUCAAAUGCUUGCUUUUUCUAUUUGACUGCACCAUCUCUUUGCUGAUGCAAUGAACAAACUGGGUGAUCUUGCUCCUGUAGAUUAAUUACUGAAGGUGAGAGGUGGGAUUAAACUUUAAAAAAUAUAUGUUGCUAAAUAUAUUAAGUUUAAGUGUAAAUACUAAACAUAGGGAGAGUUUUAAAUGUUGUAGUAAUCACAGGUUGAGAUCAUAGGGUGCUCUGAACAGUACAAGAACCAAGCAAGAUCUGGAGCUGCUGUCAAAUAGAACAAAUCUUGCAAUUUUCCCUACUUCCUGCCACCUGUAUUCAGAGAUUUGAUUCUUCUAGAUAAAUCAGGAAUGAUCAGAAAUGUUCCCAAUUUUGAGGAUUAUCAUCAGCUAUCAUGAUUAACAUGGGUUCUAAUGUUGAACUAUAGAAGCGUAUGGAAUACCACAUAGUAGCCACUAGAUGUCAGCGAAACACCACAAACAAAAGUAUUCAAUGAAAUAAUCUUUUUUUUUCUUCAACGGACUCAAAUUACUUUUCAACUUUUCUUAACUCAAACUUUUUCUACCCAGAUGAAAAAUGUAUUCUCUACUGAAAGCAACUCUGUCUGUUCAGUCGAUUAUAGCAUAUGUUGUUGUUUUUUUUGGCAUGUUUUCAUUCUCAUGUUGGUGUUGCACAGGGUUUGCUAUACUGCCAAAGCUCAUACACAUGUGACAUGGAAAAAUGAGGCCAUGCAUCAAGAUUCUUGAAUUUGGGUCAACCUCAGUGGGGUUUUUUCCCUGCCUGAAAAGGAGAGCCGAAGGAAACCGAGAUUAGAAGGUCAGAUAGAGUUUACUGAAAGAUCAAGAGGAUUUUUGUCAAUCUGAAUAACAGUCUAUGGUUCAGAGUAAAGGUAACAGCAAAGAACAAAGAUGUGCAUAUCUUUUGGUCAUCAGGCAGUUCUGAUUUACCCCGACAAGAAAGAUUUCUUGCAUCUGUUACCGAGCAUAGCAGGACUUCAUUCAUGUGUGCACACUUCCCUCAUACCACCACUGCAAUGACGUCAGCAUUCCAGCCAGCCCAUCUUGACAUGUCUCAAGAAACACCAUUUUUAAUUGAUUGAUCGUUUUAAAUGUUUUAAUGUUGAUGAAGUUUACAAAACAGGUAUCAGACUGAAAGAUUUUGUGAGGACCUGAUUUGAUUUGGCGCUGGACCUCAAUGUGCAAGAGCUCAUUUGGAUUUGAACCUCGAUCUUCUGUUUCAGAAUCUAAAGUUACUGGGCUGAGCUAUAAGCUCUACAAAAAGAGAAGGACAAGUAUCAUAUAAAUAAACAAAUGCACCUUUAAAUUGGAAAAAAAAUAAGAAAAAAUGUGUGCCUAAGUGUGCCUGGAGGUCAAGCUGAGUGUAUUAUAUACACACCACAUAUACAAAAGUAUGUGUGGAACUUUAAUGAAAUAAUCACAAGUGUGCGUGCAUGCUUGUACCCUGGCACAAAUCCUGUACCACAGUGUAUGUGUGUGUGUGUGAGGGCACAUAUGUAUAAGCUUGUGUUUAUCUCUGUGCACAAAGCUACCAGUGUUUUAUUUUUAAAUAAACAUAUAAUCAUCUGUUUUUACACAUUAAUGAUAUUGUCAGGCACUGCCGCCCUGAGUCGCCAGGCCAAUGGAAAGUACUGAGCAAGGGCUCUUCAAGGCGUAAAUCAGUCACCACAGAACCAAACUUUCCUGUGGUUGAAUUACAGAGUUUCUCAAAAGGUGCUUUUCGACCAAAAAUAACCAGAACUUCAGGAACUUUUCUUGGAUGAACUAAAUGGUUCAGGGGCCCAUUGUUGUCUGCGUAUCCACCAGGGGCAUGAAGUUCAUGGUAAAAAAUGCAAAUCAGACCAAUGAAAAUAAAACUAGUUAGUCAUGCAAUAACAAUCUAAAUAUAUCAACUUAACUGAUAUUUAGCCUACAGUGCUGACGUAGAGCUAUUACAGGUUGGGUGCCUCUUUGAAAGUGGUUUUAGGAAGAUAUCAUAAUUUUACAUAACCUCAUUCUAAAUGUUAUGUCAUUCAAAAUAGGUCUCGAGGGUGGGGGCAAAGUUCCUGCCUUUUUGCACUUUAUACUACAGUCAAGUGAUUGGUUUGCCUUUAACAAUGUGAUACUCUUGAUUUGGCUGCAUGAAAAGGCCCAUCCUUUUUAUGUUUGGAAUUAUGUAAGCAGUAAAUGUUUACUGCCAAUGCACAAUGAUUUACUAAUGUUAUACUGAGGUAACAGUGUAAUCAAAUCAAAACCUUUGUUCAAAAAAGUCCUUUAAGCAUGGAGUAACUGUUUUUUCCCCUCUUCUUUUAACUACAGCUUUCAAAACCAAGAUUAAGGAGGUAACACGGGAAAACAUGGACCGUAAAAUAGUUCUGCAGAAAAGAAAGAAGAUGUUGAAGUCUGGAAACCUCAAGAAGAAGGAUAUGAAGACAAUGGUGCUGUAUUUGAAAAAUGGUGCAGACUGCCCCUGCCAGCAGCUCGAGAACUUGGGUAACCAGUACCUGAUCAUGGGCCGAAAGGUAGACCAGCAGUACCUCCUCACUGGCAUACACAAGUGGGAAAAGUCCAGCAAGGAGUUCAAGAAGGCCAUCAAGAAAAUGAAAACAUACCAAUGCCCUGUAUUUGACAAUGUUUUCAAAUAAUCUGCCCCCAGCCCCCUCCCCAUCCCCCUUAUACAAACACACACACACACACAAAAGGGUUUGGUUUUCUUAUCGUCUACUGCCAAAGAAAACAAAACAUCAGAUGCCUUUACUCACUGACUUUACAGUAUGUUACUCUCUUUCAUGAAACAGGUGAGUUGAUUUCGUUCGAUGUUCAAUGUCUGUUUGCUAAGUUUAAAGCUAAAGCCACAGACGGUUUCAAAUCGCACAAAGAUUAGACAUUUUUAUGAUUUACAUCCUUUUGUGUUGAUUCCAAAACAAAAAGUUAUAUAGUUGGUUGUUGUGGUGAUGUAUUUUCUUAUAGAGGCUGGUACUGUUUGAGUAAAGGGCUUUACUGUUACUGUUACAGCAUAUUAGCACAUAUGGUGCGACCUCUAGGCAUAAGAGAGGCGUAUAUUUGCCUUUUUUAUUUUCUCUUAUUUCUAUCAUAACAAGAAUUGCAACAGAAUACAUAAGCCCCACGUAAGACUCCUGUUGGAUACAAGAGAGAAAAAGGUAGAGAGUUAUUGCGCUGUGAUUACUUUCUGAAAUACAUAUAUUUUAUUUUUCAUUUUUUUGUUAUGUGAAAUGUCUUCAUACAGUUGUAACUGCUGGUUGAUAGUUAACGGGCCUGUGUAGCAGAUCUCUUGAUGCAUUGUAAGCAUACACAUAUACCACUUUUCUGUUUUUAUACAUCCAUUUAUUUUAGUUUUCAGGAUCACAUAAAAAAAAGAAACGUGAAGAACUUUUUUUUUUUUUCAGAUAUGAAUGUCACUGGCUCAUGGCUGCCAAAAACUUGUACAUACAAAUGUUACAUGAAUGUUAUAAAACAUUAGUGUCCUUGAUUUGAGUUUUUUAAUCAUUUUAACAUAGCAAAGUUUGCUGGUUAGGCUGUAUACCACAUUUGAACUAUGAAAUUUUUGCACAUUUUCUUUACCGAAGAAAAAUAUCCUGUACACCUAUCACACAUUUCAGAAAAUGACUGAUUUCUGUGAGGGGACUACACAAUCCUCUUUCUCACCUUUUCAGAGACACAUCUGAGACUAUUUUAUUCUACUGCCUGUUGAAAAUGUUAGUUUGCAGUCUGACAUUAAUAGGAGAAAACAAGUGUUUCUGAGAUAAAUAAAGCAAAUAUUUUGCAACAAUGAACUGUCAUAA